AUGAGCAAGCGCGCGCCCUUUCACUUGCCACCAGCACCUCGCAAGCGUCAAGCCUCAGCGAUUUCAACAGCAACAAGCCACAGCAACACACAGACAAACAACAAGAAAAAGAAAGAGAAAAAAUUUACCCAGCAUACCGUACAACUGGCUCCAAGUGCAAGUCCAUCCCAAACGCCGAGUCCAAACUGCACAUCUGAAAUCCCAAACGACAACUUGAACAAAUCACCUUCACAUGCACCGCAACCAGUCCGACCAACUAUGGUGUCGAAGAGCGGCCCCCAAACACAGAACUUCGUGACGAGUCUCCCAAGUCCGCAAUCAGGGCGAGAGCCUUCACAUACCAGCACUAUCUCAAAGUUAGCACUAACGCCUCUCGCACCUGGCACACUGGCAGACUCAUUCCCAAUCUUCCGCACGGGCGAUGUGGCCAUCAAGUGCGAUCUCGUCUCGCAACCAGCGCAAUGA